AUGUCCUCAAUCAGUUGCAGGCCUGAUAAUUUGGCUACAACUUUGGCUACCGGGCCUCAAGCCCUGGACAUGGAUGACCAACUCGGUCUUUUGCCUCCGUUAUUCAAUGACGAUUUGAACUCAUUUGAGUUUGAAAAUAUAUUUUCAGGGGACUCCGAUAUUGAGCUCAAUAACUUCUUUGGCGAUAUAUUCAGUCUCCCUUCAUAUCCCCCUGUUACAAUACCGGAAGAUUUAAUCCCUGUCGUAGACGCCCUAUCGGACCGACCGGCACCAGUGUUUCAACGAUACAGCUCGGAUGCACAGGUGUAA